GGAAGAAUGGAAGUCUUAUUGUUGGCCGCAUUGUGUCUCCUGAACGUGCCGGGUCCAGGAAUCAGAGGUGCCCACAAUGCCUCAAGAUCACUGUCAAACCCAGAGCUGUUUUCUGGAUUCCCGAAUGUAACGCUGGGAAGCACCGCGACCAUCCACUGCCUCUUUAAGAAUGCGUCGCUCCCCGUCACCUUCAUGCUGUUUCGGAAUAGGUCAAGCAGAGGCAGAAUGACCGUGUCGGAGGACGUGGAAGCCACAUUCAAUGUCACCAUCUAUAACCACACCAGCCUCGGGCCCUACAAGUGUAAAGUCAACAAUAGCGCCACCCAUGGGCUGUACAGCAAGGAUUUCACAUUUCUGCUGCAAGAGCACACAGCCCAUGGACCUGGACCCACCGGUGAGUCAGGUGGGGGAUGGGUGCACUUGGCCUGGAUCAUACCGCUCCUCGUCCUGGGUAUAAUAAUAGUGGCCUUUAUGUUCUGGAGGAUCUCCAAACCUGCUGCAAAAGACGAGGCGAUCCAGGAGGACACCACCUACCAGAAUGUGUCAGCCAGGGAGACAGGAAGACGGAGGAGGAGGAGGAGGAGGAGGAGGAGGUGCAGUACAGUACAGUGAUCCUGACAGAAGGCAGCAGAGACAUGAAGUGGGCCGAGGAGACGGCGGAAUACUCCAUCAUCACAGACACCCGCCUACAGGUUCAACAGCAACCGUAA